CAUAAACAAAUACAUGUGAUGAUAUGGGGGUAGACUUACGUUAAAUAAUCUGAAAUUUAAUACUUUUAUGAUUAAAAUACUAUUGAAUGAGUUAAUAUAUAGAGGCAAUAAUAAUGUUUCAAUAGGCUACAGUACUCAUACAACCACAUCAUAAAUUGACUUAUCAUUAAACAUUUUAUGAAAUCUAUUUUACACUACCUAGGCUAAGUUAUAGGCCCAUAACUUAACAAAAUCUUAGAUCAGGAUGGAGGACGUAUUGUUUCCUGUUCAAAGGUAUUAUGGAGACGAAGAUCCAGGAAAAACUGUUGAUUCUGAGAAAAAUAAACUAAACUUAUUGGCCAAAAUAAAAGAAAGAAAAAAACUUAAAAAAGUAGAAGAGAAAACAAAACAUGUUGAUGAAACCAUCUCUGAAGCCAGUAUACCUCAAGAUAUUUCUUUUGCCAAUAAUAGUCCACCCAUAAAUGAUCCCAGCGUCAAUCACAAUACAAUUCAUGUUAAAAAGAAGCACAAAAAAGAAAAAAAGAAUAGAGAAACUAAUCCAAGUUUUGAAGAUGAGUCUUCAGUUUUGCCUGAAGAAAUCGAUAGGUUAAAAAUUGAUGACUUAGAAGAAGAGAACCUCAAGAGAAGUCAAGAAUUAAGUGACAAUACUGCAGAUAAUUCUGCUGAGGGCAAAGAAGUAUUUCCUAUAAUUGGGGAUUACAAAUUCAAGAAGAAACAUAAGGUCAAGAGAGUUUUACCAGACUGGCUUGCUAAGCCCUCAGUUGUGUCUGUAGACCUAAAAAAUUUGGACGUAUCAAUCAAUGACAUUCCAGAACUACAUAGUUUACUGGUGAACACUUUGCAGAAGAAUAAUAUCACUCAUUUCUUCCCAGUUCAAGCGCAGGUGAUUCCGUGGCUGUUGUCAUGGACCAAGAGGUCGUCAUUGCUGUGGCCGUGUGAUGUCUGCGUAUCAGCUCCCACAGGCAGUGGCAAGACAUUGGCCUACGUGCUACCAGUCCUACAGGCCCUAAUGAACUGUCGCACUGGAGGUAUUCAAGCCCUUGUGGUCCUUCCUGUUCAGGAUCUUGCAGCACAAGUCGCCUCGGUGUUCAAGACAUACAGUGCUGGAACAGGGCUCAAAAUCCACUUGUCAACUGGCGGAGUUUCACUUUCACAGGACCGGACCCAUCUACUGAAGGAAAGGCUAGGUGUUGGCUGGGAGAGUCUGGUAGAUAUCCUAGUGAUCACUCCAGGACGUCUGGUAGAACAUCUGUACUCGACCCCAGGCUUCUCUCUGAGACAGCUGCAGUACAUUGUCAUUGACGAGGCUGACAGGAUAGUAGACAACAUGCAGAACAAUUGGCUGCGUCACCUGGACCAUCACUUGAGUGAAAGAGGUUGUCCUCCACUUACACUUCACAAUCUGAAGCAGUUACCUCGUCGUCCGCAGAAACUACUGUUCUCUGCCACUCUCAGUACAGAUCCUGAGAAACUUAAUCAUCUCAACUUGUUCCAACCACGUCUUUUCACUUCUGUCGUUGAGGCUACAAAAGAGCAAGGAGCUGAAGGAGAGUUCAUCGGCAAGUUCACGACUCCAGCUGAGUUGACGGAACGUCUAGUCAGGUGUACAUUAGCAGUCAAGCCUCUGGUGUUGUAUCAGCUGAUCACAAAACACAGCUGGUCUCAUGUGUUGGUGUUCACGUCCAGUUCCCGUUCUGUACAUCAGCUGUGCGCAUUGUUGUCUCUACUGGCCACCAAACACCAGCGGCGACUAAAUGUGGCUGAGAUAUCUGCAGAGUCCUCGUUUAAGAAAAGGGAGGCCGUUUUGAGCGCUUUUACUGCCGGCAAGGUGGAUGUUUUGGUGAGCACGGACGCGUUGGCUAGAGGUAUGGACAUUACUGGUGUGAAGUAUGUGGUGUCCUAUGACAUGCCUAAGUUUGUCAAGGCCUACAUACACAGGGUGGGCCGGACGGGUCGAGCGGGUCAACCCGGUACAGCAGUCACCAUGGUUCAGCACACCCAGAUAGGGAUGUUUAAACAAAUGCUGCAAACUGCUGGCAAACAAGAUUCCGUCACCGAACUACCUGUGGAUGAACAAGAACUUAAAGAUCUUGAGGAACCAUUUAGAGAGGCUCUUAAGGAACUGAAAAAUGUGACCAAGGAUGAAGAGAUGGAGAAGCUACAGAAGACAAAAUCAUUGAAAAGGGUUACGUCAUCAAAGAUACUAGGAAAGAGACAGAAGAAAAGAGAAAAGAAUGUUAUUGUAAAACGAAUAAAAAAGCAGUAAGGUUUUGCAAUUAUACAUUUUUACAUGUUUGAAUACAAAUAUUUUAUUACACGA